CGUUCCCCUCCCGCGGCAAAAUCCAGUUUUCGCGCCAAAUCCUAAAACCCAUACCCAAAAUCGACGAUUAAGAGAGAAGAAAACGCGAAAGAAAUUCUUACUCGGAUUUUACAACCUCGACAUGAAAGUCCGUACAGUGAAGCUUCGGGAAGUCCACAAGGCCAGCGGAAGCGGCUGCCACCCUUCCUUUUGCUCCAUCCUGUGGGACCACCAGGCCCACCAUCUUGUUACGGCCUCCUCUGCGGAUCCCACGAUCUCCGUUCACGACCCACUGCUUUCUUCCGGUGCCCCAAAGAUUAUACGCCACCACCGUGAUGGCGUCACCGCUCUCGCACUCAGUCCCAACUCCACUUGUCUCGCCUCCGGAUCUGUGGAUCACUCCGUCAAACUAUAUAAGUUUCCAAGUGGACAAUUUGAAACUAAUAUUACCAGAUUCACACUGCCAAUUCGUGUCCUUGCAUUUAAUAAAUCAGGGAGCAUGCUGGCAGCUGCUGGUGAUGAUGAGGGCAUCAAGCUUAUCAAUACAAUUGAUGGUUCAAUUGCCAGGGUUCUCAAAGGCCAUAGAGAGACUGUCACUGGCCUGGCUUUUGAUCCAAAUAGUGAAUAUUUGGCUUCAAUUGAUUCAAGGGGAACUGUCAUAUACUGGGAACUCCAAUCUGGAACCAUGUUACAUACCCUUGAGUACAAAGCUCCUGACACGGGUUCUAACCUUUCCACCAUGAAUGUACUAAGCUGGAGUCCUGAUGGAGAGAUCUUAGCUGUCCCUGGCAUGGAAAACAAUGUGGUGAUGUACGAUAGAGACACUGCUGAAAAGCUAUUUCAAUUGAAAGGCGAACAUACAAAACCUGUAUGUUUCUUGUCUUGGUCGCCCAAUGGCAAAUACAUGGCUACUUCUAGUUUGGAUAGGCAGGUUCUGAUUUGGGAUAUUGAUAAGAAGCAGGACAUUGAUAGGCAGAAAUUUGAUGACGUCAUAUGCUGUAUGGCAUGGAAGCCUAUCAGCAAUGCAAUGGCUGUUAUUGAUGUUACAGGAAAGUAUGGUGUGUGGGAUUCAGUGGUUCCUUCUUCAAUGAAAUCCCCAACUGAAAAUAUUCCAAAUUCACAAUCGAAGAAAAGCAGUGGGCUCCUUCUGUUUGACGAGGAGGAGCUGGAACCUAGUGUAUCUGGCAAUUUAAGUGACCCUGGAGAAGAUAGCCCUGGUGAAUAUGAACCACCUAGCCGAAAGAGAUCCCGAAAACCAUCAGUAUUUGAAGAAGAUAAUGAUGAAAAUAUUGACAAUGAAUGGAGCUCUCUUCCGAAGAAUGAAUCCCGGAGAAAAUCACAUUGUAUCAACAAAGAAAACUUGGACAGUGGAGGCAGGAGUCUCAGAAGUAGCAUGCAGGAAUCUUUUCAGCCAGGUGCUACUCCUAUACAGACUGGGAAAAGGCGGUUUUUGUGCUAUAAUUUGCUUGGAAGUAUUACCACAAUUGAACAAGAUGGAUACUCCCAUAUCGAAAUAGACUUUCAUGAUACUGGCAGAGGUCCACGAGUUCCAUCAAUGACAGAUUAUUUCGGUUUCACUAUGGCUUCAUUGAAUGAAAGUGGUAGUGUAUUUGCAAAUCCUUGCAAAGGUGAGAAUGGUAUGAGUACCCUCAUGUAUCGGCCCUUCCGCAGCUGGGCAAACAACAGUGAGUGGUCUAUGCGAUUCGAAGGAGAAGAAGUGAAGGCUGUUGCACUUGGUACAGCUUGGGUGGCUGCAGUUCCUAGUCUAAAUUUUCUUCGGAUAUUUACUGACGGUGGUUUACAGAGACAUAUUCUCUGCCUUAAUGGUCCGGUGGUGACUGCAUCAGGCUUCAAAGAUGAACUUGCAGUUGUCACUCAUGUUUCUGACAGUGUUUCCUCGAGAGAUCAGAUGCUAGAGUUCAAAGUAUUCAACAUAUCUAGUGGAACCCAGCCCUUUAAAGGACGUCUUCCAUUGACCCCGGGUUCAUAUCUAUCUUGGUUUGGCUUUACUGAAGAAGGCCAAUUAAGUUCUUAUGAUUCCAAGGGUGUUUUAAGGAUCUUUACAGGCCAAUAUGGUGGUACUUGGCUGCCAGUCUUCAGUGGUAGCAGAGACAACUCGGAUGAAAACUACUGGGUGGUUGGCUUGAAUGCACAAAAGUUGUUCUGUAUUGUUUGUAGAAAACCCGAAUUAUUUCCGCAGGUGAUGCCCAAACCAGUUCUCAGUCUAUUGGAUCUUUCAGUUCCUCUUGCCUCGUCUGAUUUGGGAAAAGAAACCCUUGAAAACGAGUUUUUGUUGAACAACCUGCGACUCUCACAGAUACAAGGAAAAAUCAAAGAAAUGGCUGGGGCUGGUUUGGAUACUACUUCACUUGUUGAUGAGGCAUUCGAUACGGAAGUGGCUCAAGAUAGAUGCGUCUUGAAACUCAUUGGGUGCUGUUGCACAGGUGAUAAGCUAGCGAGAGCUACUGAACUUGCUAAGCUUUUGUCAUUGGAGAGUCAUGUGGAAGGCGCAAUAAAACUCGCCACGCGUCUGAGACUUCCUAAAUUGGCCGAGGAGUUCAACAACAUACUUGAGGAAAGGUUGAUCAACAAGUCCAAGGGAUCUCUAUCUGCACCAGUUCCGAACCCAAAUGGCAAUGUAAACUCAUCAGCCGAUAAUGCAGUCAGUAAGACCACAUUUACUGAAAGACGUAAAACAACUGAACCACCUACUCCAUCAGUGUCGCCCAAAUUAUCAGCCCCACUGUUUUUAAGGAAAGGCACUAAACCAAUCAAAGAAAAUGGCAGUCAAAACAGAAGUGGAGAAGGGGAGAGCAUUAAGGAAAUAGAGAAGAAGGCUGGAGACACGAGUUAUGUAGAACUGAAUAAAGUAAGCAAUCCAUUUUUAAAGUCUUCCAGUAAUGAAGAGAAUGCAAAGAAGGUAGGGGAGGUGAACCAGGUAAAAGCUCAACGCCCUUCUAAUCCAUUUUUGAAAUCAUCCAUCAAGUGAUACAGUAUAUAUUAUCCAGUCGUUAGAUUAUUAAUCAACCAGGUCCUGUAAUUCUUUUUGUCUCCAAUAAUUUCAAAAGUAUGUAGUACUUCAUAAUCCAUAUCUCUAAUUCUCUAUCUUUUAAUUAAUUAAUUUAAUUUUUU